GCGGUCACACUAAUUCAAAGAGCGGGCUAAUCCUCCAGAGAAUUGUUGUUCCCUUGGAACGGUAGCCGCCAUGGACUACGACUUAUUCCAGUCAGAUGACGAAGAGGACAUCCUCACGGCCUUCAAUCAGGUCACGCAGCAGCUCAAGCAGGAUGCUCUUAACACAGCCAUGGACAUGCACGACGACGAGGAGGGGGACUUGGAUGAGGGACUAGACUGGCUACCGGAAUUUUGCUGCAGCGGGAAGGACACACAGAAGACACCGUUGCCGGCCGAAGGAUUCCUGCGCAGCGGCUACGCUCAACAGCAUCCGCCGCGGUGUCGCCUGGAAAACCUUUGCUUUGACUUCGCCGAGGGACAACUCACGGUAGCCGCGGUGCGAAGCUACCUGCAUGGCGAAGCCUGCAAGAAUGUGCAGAAGCUAUUCGCCGCCGUGGCGGGUCAGCAGCAACUGGGGCCGGCGCAGGCGUCGCUCACGUCGUCGAAUGGAUCCGGUUCCGGCUGGUUUCGCAUCCGCCAGCAGGUCACGCACUUCUACCACUUGUUGCUUAGCCUCCGCCCGGAAGAUCAGCGGCUAUUCCACGAGGAUUUGCGGCUUUUGCUCAACAAUCAGCUGGACACGGAAGAUGCCUGGAAGGUGCUGUACUUUGCGGAGCACAGCAAGGGCAACGAGUGUCAGGCGCCGGCCUAUCAUCUCUACCACGGCAUUCUCGAGUGGCGCUUCCUGGAUCUCCUCCUGCUAGCUGCUGCCGCGGGAGAGGGAGAGGCCGAGGACCGAAGCAGCAGCUGUAGCAACCUCCUGGGACAGCUGGAGCGAACGCUAGACGAUCUGAUUAUAUGUGCGGGGCACCAUUACCGGGGUCGACAUCGUCCGGAACUCAUCCACACCUCGCCAUUCGUGUGUCGCUGCACCAAGGAACUGUGGCUGCUGCUCCAGCGCCUCGUCCCGCUGUGGCUGGGCGAUCGGGACCUGGACUUUUGGCUGCUGUUCCACAAGGCCAUGCUCCGUCACAGGGUAAAGUGUUUUGCGGGGGAAAACAAUGCCGUCUCUCUGACAUUCCACGAGUUCUAUGCCUGGCUGCGACUUGGCCUGGCCCGCUUGGAUGAGCUUCAGCCGCAGGAGAUUCUGCCGCCCAGCAGCACCUUCCAAACCGCCCCUCUGCUGAAGCAAUUCCUGGCCAGCCAGCCGGACGAGCAGCAACGCCGCGUCUAUUUCUCGCUACUCGCGCCCCUGCAGCUCCAGCUGGGCCAGCCGGACGUGGAUGUACUGUGUCAGCUGUGGGAGUAUCUGCACCGCUCCCUUAACUGCAACUUCAGUGCGGGUGGCACCGAGCAGCUGGAUCAGCUGCCGCUGACCUGUCCCAGCGGUGCCGCAUACGUGGAGCGCUACAGCAAGCUGCUGGCCAAGGCACAGCUCGAGGAUCUCAAUCUCAGCAGCUUCACCACCUACGCCUGGCUACUGGGCCGGACGCUGAAGCUGCUGCCCGCGCAGGGACGGAGUAACCAGCGGCAGAAGCUGCUGGGGCGCAUCUUCAGCAAAUUUAGUGCCGCCAAGCUGCUGGCUCUCAAUGAGCCUGGGAUCCAUCAUGUGAUCGAGCUCUUCCUGUGCCUGCUGCUCUCGCAGGAGGAUCUCAGCGAGCUGGCCGUAAAGCUGCGCGAAAUGCUGCUCUGCCUGGUGCUAGACAAGCUGCCGCCGGUACGUCGAAUCCUGGUGGCCAAGGGUCACAUGGCGUUGCUGCUCUUGCAUGCCCAGCAUCGCCUUCCCAUGGAGGACUACGUGGGCAAGCUGCUGGCCCAGCUGGGUGCCAUUCGCAACGACGUGGAAGUGGGUGCCGUUUACGCGGGUACCCUUCAGGCCGUCUUCGACCUGGCGGAUGACUUCAAUCGGGGCGAGCAGCUCCUGCUGGGACCCUGGCUGACGCAUUACGUGGAGAAAAGCGGCCAAGCGUCGCAAGAUCGGGUGUGGCAGGCCCUCCAUGCGCUGAUCCUGCGCCUCGGCGAACCGCGUGCCGUUGCGGGUAACGCCACUGGCAUUGCAGAGGCUCUGCAGCAACACAUCCUGCCGCUGCUGAGGACACAGUACGUGAGCGGCCACAGUUCGUGGCUGCCCAAGCUGGCUGCAAAGUUUGUUACCAUCCUGGACAAAGAGCCGGGGGACAAGCUGCUACUGAGCUUCCUUCAAGGACCGGAGCCCCUAAACCUGGCCGCCUCGGCUCAGCUGAUGCUGCAAGUGCUGGAGGACGGUCCCCUUCGGCGGCCAUCGAACGCCACUAUCCUGCAAGUCUGGGUCAAGUCCUUGGUACUGCUCAAUCCGCAGCACGAGACAGUCCUGGCCCUAAUGGCACAUGUUGCCCAGCUGGAGGAGUUCCGGCAGCUGACCAUUGAUCCCACCGCCCUGGAGGGUGGCCGUGAGCCAUUGUGCGCCUUCUUCGGAGCCCUCGGCAGGCGGUCCCAGCAGGAGGAGGCCGCGGCCCAUGUGCGAAUGCAGUUAAGCCACAAACUACACGCCUAUGUCCAUCACUUCGAGCUGUGGCUCUCGCCGGAGCGACUGCGCUCAGAGCUGGGUUCGCGCUUCUACAGCUUCCUGGCCAUUGUCAUCUACAACUGCCCCAGCCUGGCGUAUGUGCGCUCCAAGCCUAGCUGCUUCUUCCACCUGGCCAUGGUGCGAUUCCUGCUCACCACACAGCUGCAGGCGGGCAUUCCGCCCGAGGGCCGGAUGCCGCAAAUGGUGCACAAGAUUUUCCCCGUGCUGCUGCAGGGGAUUGGACGUCUGCCCUAUCGAACCGACGCCUACGUGGGCAAGACGCUGGAGCAACUGAUCCAGCACUGGACUCCCCACUUUGGCUUCUCGCCCAGUGCCAAGCUUGUGGCCCGUCCAUACGCCACGCUCCUGCAGGCGGAUGUGGAUGCCAGCGAUGGCGCUUUGGCGCAGUUUGUCCUGCAGCUGUUGGUCAGCCAAUUUCUGGUGGUGCAGCGACGCAAGGCGGGUCAGCAGGCGGGUCUCGUCAUCGGCAUUCUGCAGCAACUCAUCGAGUGCAUACCCGUGGACCAGGAGCAGCAGCUGCUGACGCUCUUGCGCGGCGUUCACGUGCCGUUGCUGGAGCACGUCAUGUUCGUGGACGAGCUGGAUCAUAGUCGCAACCAGGUGCUGAGCCUGUACCGUGCCUUGAUCCAGCAUGGCGCCUUUAAGCGGUACCCGGCUGUCCGGGACAUGUGCUCCUCCCAUCUGCGAACGCUGGCGGAGAAGCAUCUGGCCCACUGCACCUACUUCUACUUCCAGAUGCUGAUCAAGCUGGCGGAGCUGUCACCCGAAUUGGUGGCACCCCUCGUGCCCUUCGUGCGCGAGCAGGCCCAGCAGGUGGAGCUGAAGCGCGGUGCGGGCGAGGAUGUGGGCAUACGCAAGUGCCUGCAGCGGCUGCAAAGGGUGCUGAGCCAGGUCUAGAUGGGGGCUAAGACCUGAGCCAAUUAUAGUUAAU